UUGCCAAGCGUGCACUCUUACGCCGAUGACACGCAAUUGAACUUGGCUUUCAGUCCAAACGUGCAGGGUGAUGACGCUAGUGCGGUAAAGGCUAUGUGUGAUUGCAUCAUAGAUUUAAGAAAGUGGAUGAUUAGAGACCGACUUAUGUUAAAUGAUGAUAAGACUGAGUUUUUGCUCCUUGGUACCAAGCAACAGCUAGCUAAGGUUGACAUAAAUAGUAUUACUGUUGGUGAGUCUGUUGUGAACACAAAGCCGGUUGUCAAGAAUCUAGGUUCCUGGUUUGAUUCUCAACUUAGUAUGUCUACUCAUAUUAGCAAGCUCUGUAGCUCAGCUUUCUUUCAUCUACAUAACAUCAGCCGUAUUCGCAAGUUCUUAAGCCGCGAGGAAACUAAGACCUUCUUAGUGCAUGCAUUAGUUACUUCUCGCGUUGACUACUUCAAUAGCCUUUUGUAUAGUCUACCUGCCUCUCAGCUUAACAAGGUUCAGCGUGUUUUAAACACUGCAGCAAAGCUUGUUUGCUGCGCUCAGCGCUUCAGCCAUAUUACACCGGCCACUGAUGUAUGAGCUACAUUGACUUCCAUUAAAGCAGCGCAUUCAUUUAAGAUUUUGUUAUUUGCAUUCAAGGCUAUCCAUGGUAUAGCCCCUCCAUACAUUCAGAACUUAGGUUCUCUGAAAUCGCAAGGCGCAUAUAACCUCAGAUCGUCAGGUGGAAUUUUGCUAGCAUCGUCAACAUUUAGAACUAAGGUCACACUAGGCGAUAGGUCGUUCCAGGCGGCUUCGGCCAAGUUAUGGAAUGCUCUAUCGCGUGAGCUUCGCGAUAUUCCUAACUUGCAUACUUUUAAGAGCAAUCUCAGGAAAAGACGUACCUUUUAA